AUGUUUACAAAAUCACGGGACAGAAGUGAAUCUCACGGGUCUAAGGAUUCUUUGAACGACUUCUUGACUGGUUCACGAAGUUCGUUAGAACUUAGACCUGUUUCAACUGUGAGAAGAAAUCAUGGAGACAGCAUGGAUGAGGGCUCGUUGAAGUCGUCAGCUACGGGAAGUUCAUCGAUCCCUGAACUCGCAGUUCCCUUGUCUACCCAGAGUACAAAAAGUAAGACACGUAAUGGUCAUUCGUACAGUGCAUCAAUAGAUACAUCGUUAUCUCAGGGGAGUAAUGAGAGUAAUACCGAUUUAGAUGCACUGGAUACUGAUAGUACGGACGAGUUUCACAGUAUUAGAGAUAUGGAAGUGUACUCUGAUUCACCGAGUGGUAAGGAUAACGAUGGAGAUCAUUCUGAUAGUCGAAUAGCGAGUGGAAACAACUACAUAGACCAUAGGAGGAUGGUUAGCCCGCUUACUUCUCUAGAAUUUCUUCCUGUGGGAUCUUCACGAAACACUGAAAGUAACGAGAAGAAUUCCUCAGAGUCAGUUGGAGAGGGAAUUACUAGCGAAGAUUCUGAAGAUGAGACAGAUGAUAUAGAUACAUAUGAUGGAGAAGGAGAUGAUGCACCCGGUGCAGAUCACAUUCCUCUAUUUGGAGAGAAAAAAAUAGGCGAUGAAAUGCCUAGCGUAUCGCAGAAAGUGGACAAUCAAGACAGGCUCUACGAGACUUUAAACAUAUUGAAUGAUGUGAGGAAAUUGAGGGAGAUGAAAUUCUUUGACGCCAAAUACAAUGAAAAGAUGAUCGAUUUGAAGAAAGCUCAGGUCGGGAUGAUGGUGGAUAUGAUUCAGAUGAACGAAAAUUCGUUCAGAGAGUUCUACGAAGUUUGGGAUGCACUAGAGGAUAGAGGAGAGGAGGAAGAAAGAGAAGUGGAGGAAGAGAAAGAGCAAAAGAAGCACAAGUUCAGAAAAAAGAAGUCUGAGCAUCAGGAUAAACCUUUAGUUCAUUUGGAUAUCAAUGAAAGUGCGUUAUUUGGCCAGCUCGGAGAAAGGAAUGAAGUGGUGUCCCAAGAUAUUGACAAAAUUAAAGACUCUGUAAAGCAAAUUGAUGAGUACACAAAAGGAUUAUGGGAUAGCUGA